AUGUUAGGCGUACUUAGAAGAACUUGUACCAAAUUGAUGGACAUGAAAGCCAGACGAACUUUAUAUUUAUCGUUGGUCAAGUCCCAGCUGUGUUAUGCUAGAGAGGUAUGGUCGCCGGUUAACAGCGUCCAGAUUUCAAGACGUGUUGAAAAAGUGCAAAGAAGAGCAACUACGUGGAUAACAAUGACAAAGCGAGGCGAACUGUCGUACAGAGAACGGUUAUUAGCAUUAGAUCUGCUACCGUUUACCUAUGAUCGAGAAGUCAGAGACUUGGUGUAUUUCUUCAAAUCAUUGUUUAGUUACAUUGACGUCAACAUCGAUAACUAUGUGUCCUUUGUGAGUCAUGGCCGUACUAGACUGAGCCAUACGUCAAGAUAUAUACUUCAAAGUAAACUCUGUAAAACUAACACUUUCCAGUCCUCAUACCAGGGGUGGAAAAAGUAUCGGACCACGGGCCGAGUUUUUUUGAGUUCCCAGAAAAUAUUUCCCCAAGAAAGAAAUAUAUAAUUGCAAAAAUUUAGAUAAAAGGAUAAAUUCAGAGGGAAAACUCUAACCAAUAGAAAGAAUACUACCUGUACUGCAGGUAUGACCUCAGAAAUGCAAGUCCAUCUUAAUAGUACGAUAGUCGGAUAGUAUAUAAAUGUAUAGAUUAUAGAAUGAUGUAACAAAUGUUGUAUGGCAAAUAAUUUUUAGCCAAUCUGAGACACCGGGUUUCCAAAAUUUUCUGUCGGAGCAUGCCCCAAGAUCCCCCCUUUUUGCAUCUGUAAAUUUACCUCAGGAUCAGACCCCUGAUGUUAUCUGAAUUAGUUCUGUCAUAUUCCUAAAAGUAUUAUUAAGAUUCUCACUGCACUGUCACUGAAAUUAAUUUUUUCUGCGAAAAUAUAGCAUGACAUUCAGUUUGACAACUUGUUAGUAUUAUACAGUCACAGUGUCCAAGUAUUGAUUUACUUGAUUUAUCACAGAAAAUGUUUUAUUGCCCUUUAUUCAUGGCGGUCCCAGAAAGUAGGGAGUUUAAGCUUCGCGUUUCCGGGAACGGCAAACGGCAGGUUCGAACUUUCUUCGCAAAAUUGUCGUUAAACGUUUUCGUUUCAAAUUUUCUUUCUUGUGUCGAAAGAAUAGUCAUGCAUUGCAGUUUUAAAACAGCAAGUUCAUUUACUCAUGCCUGAUACCGUAAAAUUUUUCUUUGCCUGGCGUUUGCCGUUUGCCGUAUAACGCAAAGCUUAAAAUCUCUAGUAAAAUAUUUUUUCACCCCUGCUUCAUACUACAAUCGUGUUGUAAAGAUUUGGAACACAGUGUGCCAAGAAGUCUCACCUGACAUUUUUCGUAAUCCAAACUCGUUUAAACACUAUCUUAAACGUAGAUACUCUACAUUAAUUAGUAAUGUUUAUCAAAAAAACCAAAAUCAACAACAUAGCGGUCAACAUGGCGGUCAUGCCAAGUGAUAGCUCCGAUAAAAAUAUAUUAAACCAGCUCCAAAAUAAUUUCUUUAACGUUCAAGACAAGUACAAUUAAGGUGCUUGUUGAAUAUGACAGUAGCAAUGACAGAGUGAAAUGGAACGGCAACUUUGAGAAUUUGAAAACUUUUGUGGCCGAUUUGUUUGGCGAACAAAGCAAGUGGAUUUCUCCUGGCGGGCGAGCAAAAUCCUUUCGCAGUAGCCAAGUCUCAAUUACCUGGUACCCUCUCAAAAAGUCACUUGUGUUUCAAGGACAAGCUGGUAUUAAAUUGAAAGAUUUGAUUAUCGGUUUGGCUGGCUCAAAUAUGGCGAAAGACUGCGGAAAUAAUACUCUGAGUAGCGUUAUAGAUCAAGAAAAUUUUGACCAGCUAGCAGGAAACGUUACUAACAUUGAGUUGUCCGUCAAACAGAUUGGUGUUGCAAUGAAGAAACUCGAUAAAGAUUUCCAGCUGAUGGCAAACUAUAUAAAAGAUCGCGACAGGAACCUUAGAGACACGACUCGUGAUAUUGGUGUUCAAACAGACUUUAACUUGGUAAGUGAAAUGCGUGCCCAAAGUCAAACGGUUUGUUCUGUCUCGCAUAGCGAACUCUCAACAGAAUUAGAGGGAGCCAAGCUAGACAUUGUUUUGAUGGAGUCUAAAAUUGUUUGUGGUCUUCUAACAAAUACCCAAAAAAUGGAACAAAUUCGUAUUGAAUUAGUUGAUCAAAACAAGGCUUUAAGCAGCAAGGUAGAAGCUUUAUAG